GUGAGCCACACUGAGCUGCAGCUCAGUACCUGCUUUCAGCCAGUUAACGGGAGAAUCCAAGUCAAGGUCCUUACUGCCCAGAACCUCCCCCCAUCCUCCUCACCACUGUCCCAGUCUUUUUUCAUCAGCGUGGAGAUGCACCAGCUGGGGCAGGUGGUCCUGAGGAGGAAGACUCAGGCUCUGAAGGCAUCAGGAGGUCAGUGUCGGUGGGGAGAGACGUUCCACUUCCUGCUGGCCUCCUUCCAGCACGCUGCCUGUUGGCUGUCAGUCAGACUGUACAGCCGCAGCUCUGUCAGGAGGAAACAGUGUCUGGGACAGGUGCAGCUGGGCUUCCACAGCCCCGCCCCUCAGGCUGUGGAGCAGUGGGAGGACACCAUGGCUCAUCCAGAGAAGGUGGUGUCAGCAUGGCACAGCCUGAGCCCCUGCUAAACCAGACGUGACCAUCACCACGUCCAGCUGCUCGACCAUGGAGCUGUGCACUGAGUCCAGGUGUACUCUAAACAACUGACCAGGUUCUGGACGAACCAGGAGGAAACUGUUGACACGCUCAUACAGUGGUCUGAACAAACUGGUUUAGAUUAAAACAAGAGACUCCUGUAAAUACAGCAUUUUUAAAUAAUACACUUAGUAAGAGACAUUCCUGUUCUGCCUUUCUGUGAAACUUUGAAUUUGUACAGUUGGAUAUAGGUUUAUAAGUAAAGAUAAUCAGACAAUCACAUUUACAGUAAACUUUUAGAUAACUUGCAUUAGUUAUUAGUUUAUGAACUAGUAGUCUGGUGAACUUUGGCCUUUUUUAUUGUAAACAAACAUAAAAAAAUAAAAAGCCUGUGAAGUGAA